CCAAUUCAAUGAUGGCCCUUGAAUAUUCUUCAUCCUACUCCUUACUCUCUCAACUCUUUAUCACUCCUUACUUCUUCAUAUUUCUCCUCGUCCUUCUGUACUCAAUAUCAUCAUUCCAUGUCACUUUUAUAUCUGCCUCUACACCUACCACUUCUCUUUCAAAAGUUGAACAAGAUCAAGAAAGACUCGCUCUUCUAACAUGGAAAGCCAGUCUUGAUAAUCAAACCCAAUCUUUCCUCUCUUCUUGGUUUGGACGCAAUUCUUGUCAUCAUUGGUUUGGAGUAACUUGUCACAGGUCAGGAAGUGUCUCCAAUUUAGAACUUGACAAUUGUAGUUUGAGAGGUACACUCCACAAUCUCAAUUUCUCAUCACUCCCUAACCUUCUCACUCUUAAUAAUUAUAACAACUCCCUUUAUGGAACCAUUCCAAUCAACAUUGGUAAUCUUUCCAAACUAAUCACAAAUCUUAACUUUGCUUUCAAUCAUUUCACUAGUGUAAUAUCUCCCCAACUUGGAUUUCUAACAUUUCUUAGCGUUCUAACAUUGUCUUCUAAUAAUUUCAGAGGCCUAAUUCCUCCUUCCAUAGGUAACUUGAGGAACUUAACCACUUUGUACCUUCAUACAAACAAACUAUCUGGUUCUAUUCCUCAAGAAAUUGGAUUGUUGACAUCACUUAAUGAUCUUAAGUUGACAACUAAUAGUCUCACUGGUUCAAUCCCUCCAUCCAUAGGAAACUUGAGAAACUUAACCACUUUGUAUAUUUUUGAGAAUGAGCUUUCUGGUUUCAUCCCUCAAGAAAUUAGAUUGUUAAGAUCUCUUAAUGAUCUUCAAUUGUCAACUAACAAUCUCACUAGUCCAAUCCCUCAUUCCAUAGGAAACCUGAGGAACUUAACCACUUUGUAUCUUUUUGAGAACAAGCUUUCUGGUUCCAUUCCUCAAGAAAUUGGAUUGUUAAGAUCUCUUAAUGAUCUUCAAUUGUCAACUAACAAUCUCACAGGUCCAAUCCCUCAUUCCAUAGGAAACUUGAGGAACUUAACCACUUUGCAUCUUUUCAAGAAUAAGCUUUCUGGUUUCAUCCCCCAAGAAAUUGGAUUGUUAAGAUCUCUUAAUGAUCUUCAAUUGUCAAUUAACAAUCUCAUUGGUCCAAUCUCUUCUUCCAUAGGUAACUUGAGGAACUUAACCACUUUAUACCUUCAUACAAACAAACUAUCUGGUUUUAUUCCUCAAGAAAUUGGAUUGUUGACAUCACUUAAUGAUCUUGAGUUGACAACUAAUAGUCUCACUGGUUCAAUCCCUCCAUCCAUAGGAAACUUGAGAAACUUAACCACUCUGUAUCUUUUUGAGAACGAGCUUUCUGGUUUCAUCCCUCAUGAAAUUGGAUUGUUAAGAUCUCUUAAUGAUCUUCAAUUGUCAACUAAGAAUCUCACUGGUCCAAUCCCUCCUUCCAUAGAAUGGAAGAAAAGGAAAGAAAAGAAAUGA